UCAAAACCAUAGCCCGCCAAACUUUCCUUUUUGCUAUUGCUCUGCUCUCCAAAGCCCCGCACCUUAAUUUCUUCCCUCUCCAGUCUCCAGGGUUUAUCAGACCACCAAACCCCAUUAAACCCUCUCUGUCGCCGCCACCAGCACCAGCACCUACGGCGAGUCGGCGACCAUGAGUCUAGUAGCAGGUUCCAACGAAAGAUUCAUCUGGGGCUUCAAACUCAAGCCCGUAACCACCGAACAAUCCCUAACCUUAGCUCCCCUCUUCUCCUACCCAUCCCACCAAUCCGCAAUCCUCUCCGCUGCCGCCGCCGGUCCAAUCGCCGCAUCUGGAUCCUCCGACGACACAAUCCACCUCUAUGACUUACCUUCCGCAGCCUCCCUCGGCUCGCUCUACCAGCACACGGCCUCAGUCACCGCACUCUCCUUCUUCACCCCAGCUUCACUUUCCUUCCCCCGAAACCUAAUCUCCGCCGACGCCGAAGGCUACGUUUGCAUUUUCGACGCCGACCCUUUCGUCCACCUCAAGACCGUGAGGGCGCACAAGAAGCGGAUCAAUGACUUGGCCGUCCACCCUUCAGGUAAAUUGGCGCUUUCUGUUGGGAGGGAUGACUGCUUGGCGAUGUUGAAUUUGGUGAGGGGUAGGAGAAGCUUCUACUGUAGGCUUGGGAAGGAAGCUAGCUUGGUGAGAUAUGGCUUGGAUGCAGAAAAGUUUUUCAUGGCUACGGAGGAGAAAGUUGGGGUUCAUGAAACUGAAGAUGCCAAGCUUGUGACCGAGCUUCAAUGCCCCAAUAGGGUUCUUUGCGCCGCCCCUGGAGAGAACGGGCUUCUAUUCACUGGUGGCGAGGACAAGAAUAUUACAGCAUGGGAUACUAAAACUGGGAAGGUUGCUUACUGCAUUGAAGAUGCUCACAAAUCGCGUGUGAAAGGUAUCGUAGUGCUCACCAAGAGCAAUGGAGGCGUCGAUGACCCCUACCUAUUAGCGUCAGCGUCCUCAGAUGGGGUUGUGCGUGUGUGGGAUGUUCGUAACUCCAUGAAGGAAGAAAAGGCAAAUCCACUAGCUGAGGCAAGCACAAACGCGAGGCUUACAUGUCUUGCUGGGUCAUCAAUCAAAUGUAGGCGAUCUCCUGUCCCGUCAUCUGAUCUUUGUUGUCGACUUUCAAACGAACGCGAGCAACAUCCCAAGAGGACCAAACUGCUGCGCUGAAGAAUCCCAAGAGAAAAUCCCACUCAACAUCUGGUGAGGAAUCGUAAGCUAUCUCCAUGGCCAUUGAAGUUGGUGAACGUAAGGGUGAUGCAACGAUAACGUAAGCAGAUUACGGAAAUUGGUCCCAAAAUGACAAUGGAAACAAGGAAGAAAAGACAGCCCAUAUGAUUAUGAAUGAAUGAAUGAAGUGGUUGCCUGCCUCUGCCUGCUGUGCUGCCAGAAACGAAUUGCCAUCAUUUCAGUUUCGUCCUCAACUUUUAUUUUUCAUUUUAUGUUGUUUGCUGGAACUGAGGAAAGCGAUGGGUAAUCAUUUUCCAUCACUUUCGCCUUUUCUUUGCUCUUGGCUUUGUGCCCAGGUCGUGGUCCAGUAGGGGAAAACCACCCAAAAAUAGAGUGCAGAUUUUGUGUAUUGUGAAAUGUAAAGAACUAAAACGCACAAGAAUGUAAGGCAACAAGUCCAAAGAACACAACGGUUAAACCUUUUUUUUUAUAUAUAGGAGCAACGGUUAAACCUCAUGAAAAAA